CACUAUUCAGAGGGCCGAUGAGAUGGCUCGUGCGGCUGGGAAACGAAGCGGAAAGUCCAAGGCUACGACAACCCCUAUAACGAAGCCUCAGACACAAAGCACCGCUGUACCUCCCACGCCGUUCGAACAUGUCCCGGCCUCUUUGCAACCCUUUCUUUCCACCCUACCGACCGAUCACAUAUAUCUCGUACAUCUCGAUCAUACACCCACGAGCCUGAAGAAGCGAGUCUUCUUGGUACCCAUCCUCCUCAAUCUGCUUAUUACCAUCGGUCUCUGCAUCCGAGCCUACUAUGCCACACCCGCCUACCUUGAACAGAUCAUUACAAUAUUUGGAUAUGACACUGCAUAUAAGGUGGAUACAAAGAAGGCAAGCACUGGAGAGCUCCUGACCACAAUUGCUUCGAGGACAUUUUUGUUGAUGGUCGAUUACACCAUCUUCGCUCUUAUCGGUAGCUGGCCCAAGCAGUUCGUAUUCGGAAGCAGAUGGUCGCGAUACACAGGGCCAUGGACAUGGAGAAGGACAAUCGGUUUCCAGGAUACGGAGAUCAUUGUGAGGUGUGGCCGGAAAUGGGAUACGCCCCUGGUCACGAGUGACAUGCCGGAGCAGACCAAGACCUGGAUGGUCGAUGAAGAGUUGACCAUCAAGGUGAAGGUGGAAGCGGCAAUGCGACCUGACUAUGUAGCGAAGACUGGCUCUUUGCUUCUAGACAAAGACUGGGAUCUUGACUACAAGGCCAUGGUAGAUGCCCACAGUCUGGCUCAGGAUGGCACAAUACAGAUGAUGGAUUUGAACAAUCUGGCAUUGGUAUACUAUCAGAAGCAGUGGCUGAUGUGGCGUGUCUAUGAGCAACCAAACAUUACUCCCGAGGAAACGGAGCAAGACAGUGUCGUGGAAAGGUUCAGGCGGAAACUUGCAGACCAUGGAGCAGCAAACGUCUUUUUCCGUUGGAUUGAGAUUGUCCAAUUCGAGACUUCUCAGCCAGGAGGGUUUACGCAAGGACGACAAGCUGAUGCUCUUCGGGAACUGAAGCAACUAUUAGCAAAAAGGGGAGUUGAUUACGGCCAGUUCUGGGAUGAUAUUGGCGGCGAGGCUGGCUUGCCUGGAUUUGUGUAGACGUAACGGCCUAAAUGGCCCAUAUAACCCUGUGUGCCUCGAGCUACUUGCUGGCUGCUGUAAUUUGGCCGCCUUCUCGGUCGGCAAGGCCAAGUCACAGCCUCGUUGCACUU